AUGGCCUACUCUCAACAACACGACGACUCUUACUUCGUCGAGUCUGAUGAACCUCAUCACAGAAUCACAGCCCAAGAGGCAGCACGAAUGAUGACCCGUCAACGUCAAGACAUCAUCGGUGUCGAGCUCUCCCGUUUGGCAGGCGAUGAAUACCUCGAGGAUAUCAUGCAGCAUAUGCGACAAAUGGAGGAUGAAACUCUACCAGAUGCUUCACUCAUCGAUAUGCAGCGCGAGAUCCAAUGGUUUAUGCGACCUUAUCUAAUUGACUUCCUUAUCGAGGCCCAUGCUGCCUUCGGCCUACUACCGGAAACACUCUUCCUAACAGUGAACCUCCUCGACCGAUACUGCUCCAAGCGAGUUGUCUACAAGCAACAUUACCAAUUGGUCGGAUGCGCCGCGCUGCUUAUUGCUGCUAAGUACGGUGACAAGAAGGACCGUGUGCCCCAGAUCCACGAACUGAACAACAUGUGCUGCGGACUCUACGAUGCUGGCAUGUUCACUCAAAUGGAGAUGCAUGUCCUCAACACCCUCGAUUGGAUCAUCGGCCACCCUACAGUCGACUUCUUUUCGCAACUUAUGGUUGCGGAGGAGGGUGACGAUCAGGAGGUCGCCCACAUGGCUGCUUACCUCUGCGAGAUCGCCUUGUACCAUCGCGACUUCGUUUCAACCAAGCCCUCAGUCAUGGCUCGAUCAUCUCUGGCUCUCGCACGAGCUAUCCUUGGACGCAUCGAAGUUAACGAUGGUGGUUGGGACCAGACAGAGAACGUUACACUGAUUACUCUAUCGCAUCACCUCCACUCGAUUUCACCAACACUCGCACGCAAGUACUCGAUAACAGGUUUUUCUCGGGUUUCCCAGAGGCUGACUGAGUUCAUGGCUGAGCAAACUGCCAUCGCUCGUCGAGCUGCUAACCCUGCUACCCCCCUCGCCGAGCCCAUUAACAAGCACACAAGCAACAUCUACAGCACUCCUUCAAAAGGGCACAGCGCGAUGGGGUUCGAUGGAUACCUGACUCCCCCGAUCACACCGGACGGCAACUGCUUGAUGGGCAACCACAACAUGGCUAAGGAAUCAUACGUCGUACCACCUCGGUGCCCAGUUACUCCCACGCCUCCACACCAUGCGGCGGUAUAUGGUCAACAACACCAAUACGUCGGAUACGUUAACCAGCAUGGCAUGAACCAAUAA